AUGGCCGACAAAAAAAGCAACAUCUUCUACUUUGAUUUUUUUAUAUACAUACAGUUUGAGCGUAAUUUUUCCGACCUUUCAGGUCGCCUUGCUUGUGCCAGAAUGUCGAACCAGACGGCCCCAGCAGCAACUGUUCUGAUUGGCAUCUCGACUUUGCGGACUGAGCCGGCGAUCAGAAGGAAGGUUGCGUGUUGUGCGAUUUUGCUCGGCUCAAUCCGACGCAAGUAUUCCUUCUCGCGACCUGACCUCUUUGGUGGUAGUCAACGCAGUGGUUCUUGUCGUUUCGAAGCCCCCUUUCCGCUGGACAACAGAGCCUGA